AUGCCACUGCAUAAAACCAUCUCGCAUAGCACCAAGCCAGGUUGGAACGACUAUGUAAAAGAACAUCAUGCAGAGGCCAGAAGGGCUCUUAAAGCAUGGGCUGACGCAGGAAUUGGCUGGCGUCGACAGAAAAAUGUGGAGAAAAACCACCUUCCUCAUCGCUUUUCUCAUUUCCUGCUCACAGCUGGCACCAGAGAAUAUCCCAGCAGACUUUAA